GGCUCUCCUUGGAUUUAUUCACGCUUCAGUUUCCUUCUCAGCGACAGACGUGUAGUAUUAUGGCCUGGUUUUUGAGACAGAUUUUACAGGAGACUCGAGGAAGUUCGUGGUUGGAAGAGCUGCUUAUCGGAAUGCUGCUUGGACUUCCGGGUGGACUGUUCCUGGGACAUUUAAACGACCUUCUUCUUGAGUACUGGACGCUCCAUCGAACAUCUCUACAAACUCUUCUGUACUUUCUAACGGGGGUUUUAUGCAUGGAUAUUGACAUCGUAUCUUCAGCCACGGCGUUCACGGUCGGAUCACAGUUUAUACAGUUUUGCGACUCCAGGAAUGUUCAGACUUUGAAUCUCGUUGGUUUGGUUUGUGUCGUAGCUGCAGCUGGAACCGGAGCCAUUUUGGGGACGAUAAUGUUUUCUUAUCCUUGGAUUUGGGGUGUAUUGUUCGUUCUUCUUAAGGUCCUCUUAAGUCGCUGGGGCUUGUCCGCUGAUCCGUCAGAAUCCCUCGCGUGCAGACUGUCUGGUGUGUGGACGUUCAACGUGUUCGGAGGAAUCUGUAUUUGUCUUUUCUACGCCGGCAUUUCAAGUUAUAAAGAAAUAUUCAAAUACCGAACCUACGUCAACGAGCACAUUCACUGUUUGAUCAUUAUGUACGCAACAUCGCUGAAAUACGCACUCACUUUAAUCGUGCUGGAAAAAAUGUUUUGUUUUAUAAGGUUUACAGUUCUUUUAAAAAUAAUAUUACCACCUCAGUGUUUUGUCAGUUGUGUUGGAGUUUCAGGGUUUUCUUCAAACUCGUUGGUGGUUUGCGUAGCUUCUGCAUCUUGGGGUGUUGUAGUUCUUUGUGCUUUAAUGUUCGCUGUACCAAAGUUGAGUGUUGGGGCUUCUAUCGGGGCAGUUAUGGGGGUGUUGGGGGCAUUUAGGGUUUCUGUCGCAGCAGCAGGGGCAGUAGUGGGAAGAGGUGAAGAGACGAGGAUUUGGGGGGUGACAAUCGGGGCGACCGCCGGGUCACUGCUGAUGUCAUGUUUAUAUUAGACCAAAAUGUACUUUUUCUGAGACAGCUGCAACAGGACUAAACCAGAACUAAACCAGGACUAAACCAGGACUAAACCAGGACUAAACCAGGACUAAACCAGGACUAAACCAGAACUAAACCAGGACUGAACCAGGACUGAACCAGGACUAAACCAGGACUAAACCAGGACUAAAGCAGGACUGAACCAGGACUAAACCAGAACUAAACCAGGACUAAACCAGGACUAAACCAGGACUAAACCAGGACUAAACCAGAACUAAACCAGGACUAAACCAGACCUAAACCAGGACUAAACCAGACCUAAACCAGGACUAAACCAGAACUAAACCAGGACUGAACCAGGACUAAACCAGGACUGAACCAGGACUAAACCAGGACUAAACCAGGACUAAAACAGGACUAAACCAGGACUAAACCAGGACUAAACCAGGACUAAAUCAGAACAAAACCAGGACUGAACCAGGACUAAACCAGGACUAAACCAGGACUAAAACAGGACUAAACCAGGACUAAAA